AUGAGCUUUUUAACCUUGUCAAUAACAGCGAUGCUGUUCUACCAGAGCGUCGCCGGUUCCCCAGAAACCGUGCUCAGCUCAGACUUCCAGGUUCACAUUGUCGGUGCGGAUGAAAAUGGGAAUCCCGUCGUUAGACGCUGGGUCUCUGAAGGGGCUGACCCUGAGCGGAAUUUGACAGAUUCCAUGGUUUACAACGGACCGAAAUUGGAUUAUUCUAAUCAUAAAAUGGAUUACGUGCUUGUGGAUCGGAAUUUCUCUUCGUCCAAAGCCUCAACAAGACAGGCUUCCGGCCCGGCAAUUAUCGAGGCUGUGAUCGUCGUGGAUAAAGAUUUCGGAGAUCUUUUUUCCCACAACUAUCAGAGAAUCGUGGACUAUCUCACCGUCUACUUUUGGGAUGUGAACAUGCGGUUCAAAACCCUCCCCAGUGCGGACAUCUCCAUCCGAGUUAAUGGACUCCUCAUUAUGGAAUCCCCACAAGCCCAGCCGUUCAUCGAAAACGCGCGCGCAUCCGACGGUCGAACAGAACUUGGUCGAAUCCUGACCCUUUACAAAAGUUGGGUGUAUGAGCAGCGCGGUUGGCUGGUAAAACAUGACGUAGCACCAUUGAUGACGGCCAGUCGGGCGGAAUGGUUCGGUGGACUGGCGCACGCUGGAGGGACCUGUUGGGUAGACGACCGUCUAAGAAUGGACUACGGGACAUGCGUCUGGAACGACGUCGGAGAUUGGGGAAGCAUUAAGACAGGGACGCAUGAGUUAGCGCACACAAUUGGCGCCCCACAUGACGACGACCAAGGCGCGAGUUGUGGCGACGUACCCUGGGGUUUCAUCAUGGAUACACGUCUCGGUGGAAACCGCUAUUUUUUCUCGGAGUGUAGUGAUCGAUGGAUGUCCAAAUUUGUCAAUUCUGACUCUGGCGCAUGUCUAAAAAGAAUUGACGGCUAUUCAACGACCCCCAUGGAUCCUAACUUCUCCUCCCCCAAGGCCCCCACAAUGGACGAUCUUUGCAAGAAACUGCUCUCGUCGGACAGUUGGAUUGCUGACGAGGACAUCUUCGAGUGUAAAGAACUGCGGUGCAAGCGGCGUGACGCUUCAAACACGGUUUCGACCCAUUAUUAUCUAAAUUCGCUGGUGGAAAACGCGGUAUGCGGGAGAGGAACGGGUCGCUGUUUCCGGGGGAGGUGUCGCCCAGAAGGGAAACUUAUCCGAAAUCAGGGAGAUGGAACUUGUAUCGGGACACCGGAUCGGUUUGGUCACAUGAUUCCUGCCAAGAUGAUUCGUUGCCCGUCGUCCAGGGAUCGAACACCUCUCAAUUCCAUUGAAAUCCGGGAUGGACCAGGUGAUAAGAGAUUAGCCACGCCUUUUACCGAGGCGGGAAACACGGAGAGUGGUGAUCGAUGUUUAUACACGGGUUAUCGGGAUGGCGACGCUAUUUGGACGGACCGAUGCAGUGAUAAUACGUGGCAAGGGUGGGAAUUUAGAAGCGUGGGUGGCGCCAACUUCCUCCUGGUGCACAAGGUUACGGGGCGAUGUGCAAUGCCCCACAAUGCGGGAGAGGGAUCGUGGAUUCAAACUUUUGCCUGCGAUUCCGGGAAUACGAGAAUGCUUUGGAGUUUGAUGGAUGGUUACUGA